AGAGGAAGAUGUCCCAGGACCCCCAGGCAGGGAAUGAGCUGAGGAUGGAGACCACGGAGGACAAAUCCCCCCAGCAGAACCUCAUGGAAGAGGAUGUUUUGAGCGGCUCCAGGGCACAGGAAUCCAAUGGGGAGGAAAAGCCACGGAGAUCUUGUGCAAGGAGGGGCUCCAAACCCAGCCCAGGGUGCUCUGACGGGGAAAGACCUACCCAGUACCAGGAAGGCACCCAGAGCUUCAACCGGGGCUUGGAGCUGGGGGUUCCUGAGCAGCUUCACACUAGGGAGAAGCCCUACAAAUGUUUGGAGUGUGGGAAGAGCUUCAGCACGAGCACCCGCCUGCUCCGUCACCGGCUGAUCCACACUGGGGAAUGGUCCUACGAGUGUCGGGAAUGUGGGAAGGGCUUCAGCUGCAGCUCUGAAAUGAUCCGCCACCAGCGCAUCCACACAGGGGAGAGGCCCUACGAGUGUAGGGAAUGUGGGAAGACCUUCUUUGUGAGCUCCCAACUUAUUUCCCACCAGCAGAUCCACACUGGGGAGAGGCCCUAUGAGUGUGGGGAAUGUGGGAAGACCUUCAGUAAGAGCUCCAACCUCAUUUCCCACCAGCGCAUCCACACCGGGGAGAGGCCCUACGAGUGUGGGGAAUGUGGGAAGACCUUCAGUAAGAGCUCCAACCUCGUUUCCCACCAGCGGAUCCACACUGGGGAGAGGCCCUAUGAGUGUUCUGAGUGUCGGAAGAGGUUUAAGAGCAGCUCAAAUCUCCUCGAGCACCAGCGGAUUCACACGGAUGAGAGACCCUUCUGCUGCCCCGACUGCGGGAGAGGCUUCAAGCACAACUCUGUCCUUGUCAUCCACCAGCGCAGCCACACUGGAGAAAGGCCCCACAGGUGCUUUGAAUGUGGGAUGAGCUUCAUCUUGAGCUCCCACUUGAUCCGCCACCAGCGGAUCCACACCGGGGAGAGGCCCUAUGAGUGUUCUGAGUGUGGGAAGAGGUUUCCGAGCAGCUCCAAUCUCCUCGAGCACCAGCGGAUUCACACAGAUGAGAGGCCCUUCCGCUGCCCCAACUGUGGGAAGGGCUUCAAGCACAAC